AUGGGAUUUCCAGCUUGGCCUAACCGGGAGCGCCAUGCUCGAUUUAAGCUGGAAUCGUUUUUGCCCCCGGAUACGAGGCGGUCAAGCCUGGACGCUGCCUUGUUCGACGAAGAUUGGCGUUUAAGAGAUGGUUGGACCUGCGAGUACACAGAUGGAGGGGGCGCGAUUUUUGUCUUCAAGAAUAAGGGGGACAUAGAUGGGCCAGGCAUCACAGACACACAGUUAAAGAAGUAUCGCCACAAGCAACCGCUACCAGCACCACGUCGUAGCGGUGGCAGCCUUUUCGGCUAG